AUGCAAGCUUUCCAAGGCUCUUGUUUCUCUAAGCAAGAAGCAUCUGUUUCUAAGCUUGCAGCAUCACUACCGUCUUAUGGUAACACCGUAAUUCCACAAGACCUAAAAGAGAAGCACAUCAGAUCAUGGCAAGCUCACCUUGAAAGAGUUAGUGAUUUUCUCCUGCCAGGUAAAGGAAUCUGGUGGGUUGAGCAUGAGGAUGGUGAUACUGAAUUUCUUGAUGGGGAAAAUGAAUCAAAUAUAAGUGCGCAAGGUCCUUUACUUCACCACUUUCGGUCCAGCAAUUUUUGUGUUGAGGAACAGUACUUUAUCGAUUGUUGGAAGCAAUGCUUAACAAAUGGUGUUAUCCUUCCAAUAAAGGCCAUUCGAGUUGAAGAUGAGCAUGGUCAGCUUAAGAUUGUGAUUACCUCACCAUGUGGUAAUACGGUUGUCAAUGACAAUGCGGCUAAUGAAGAACAGCAGGCUGAAGAACAAUCUAACAUGGAAGAACAGCCAGGCACAGAUGAACAAUGUCGACAGAACGAAGAGUCGGAACCGGAAAUUGUUGGAUUCCACCUAGAUAAUUCAUUUAACACUUUUGAUCUAGAACCUGCUGAGCUUGAUGAGGAUAACACAAGCAGUAUAAUGCCUGAUUCAAGUGCUAAUAGUGAGAAACAUGGUUGUACAGAAGUAUCAAUAGGUAAAGAAUUCUCCAGAGGUCUAGUUACUGUAUAUAGCCAUAACUAUAGCACAUCAGCUAUCAGGGCCGUAGCUAGACAAAUAAUUGUGGUGGUGUAUAUUCAUAUAUUCAUGCAUGCAUGUUUACAUACCAUAAAACAAUCAAAAGAAUUCCAUCUUGCAGAACACAAAUAUAUGAAUAUACUCCCCCCCCCCCAAUUAUCGUUUUAGCCACGGCCCUGUCAGCUAUAGUGUAUAAAGAUGUACAAUGAGUUUCUGGCUUAUCUGUAUGGUACGGCAGUAAGUAUUAUCUCAGAAUUAUAAAUAACCUUAAUUAGUAAACAUUAAUUGUAUGUUUAUGUUCAUUACAGAUUCUGCCUGUUCAGUAGGUAAUGAGCUAGAAACAACACUGAGACAUCCUACAACAGUAAACAAAGAUGAUUAUUCUGGUAUCAACUGCAAAGUCCAAGCUGAAAAUUCCGUGGGAUGUGUAACAAAAUUAGGGAAAGCAAUUGAGUUUGUGAUGGGCAAGACGAAUGAAGUUCUGCAGUUUGAUAAAGCCAGACAAAAGUAUAAACAGUUCCCCGCUGACAAACUUUACUAUGACGCGUUCAUGAGAAAAGUGGCUGUGAUGGAAACCCGUGUCUCAAAACAACAGCGAGAAACAAGAGUCAAGCUUAGUCAAUGGGAGAAAGAUUUCUUUAUAAACAACAACUGGAAAGUUGCCACUGAAAAGGAUAUAGCUGCAUGUUCACAUGCUCAACUUUUGAGAAACAAGCUUAAAUAUGCCAAAGCUAUUUUGAGUAAGUUGAGAAGUUAA